AUGACCAGAAAGGGAAAUUCUGGCUCUAACCGUGAUUGUAAUAAAAGUAGAAGUGGAAGUAGAAUUGUCAACCGUAACCGUGCAAGAGGUGCGAACUCAAGUCAUAGAGGACGCGGAGGACGUGAUCGUGAUAAUAAUAAUGAUCGUCGUCGCGAUGAUGUUCAAAGACCUCCACCAACGCAUCUUAACGUCCCGGAAAUAAAGCAAAUUUUUGUUCUUCCGAAUUAUCAUAUAAUGGUUGAGGGAUAUUGUAAAUUUCCCUCAAUGUCAUGUGAUGCGGGACUUAAUCCUAGGAUUUACUCUUUUCAACACGUUAUAUUGCCUUUAUUGGGAUUGUUGACAAGAACUGCGAUUACCAAAUGUAUUUUGGAGAAAUAUGUUCAUGCAAUCUAUAUGGUUGUAUACAACAGUCUAGUAAAUAUUGUUAAUGGAUCGGGACGUAUGUGCAACGUAAAUUCUUUUGCUGAUAAUCAAGUUAGCGCGGAAGAAUUAUUGAGAAGGGAACGAUAUGCAUUUAUUCCGUCUUC